GGGGAAUAGUUCUUUGACGCUGCAACCGAUUUAGGCCGUCUGACGCCAGCCGUUUGUAACCUUCCUUGCGCCAUUUUUAUGCCAUUUCCCGCGACCGUGAAUUUUUACUUAUUUUUCGACAUUGUAAAUAUAGUCAGUACAUGUAAUUGCUCAAAUGUAAUUUUGCGCUGACUCGGGCGAUGAGUGAAACAAAUGCACACUCUGCAAAAGAAACCGAAUCACAAACUUCUCCGCAGACUGACCAAAUAGUCCCAACCGCUAUUCCUCUGAAAAGUGAACCAAAGUCUGAAGAGAAGAAAUCGGAAACGACAAAGGAACCCGUAAAAAAGAAGGGAGAAAACGAGCUGGUUCAAGUUUCCGAAGAGCUAUUUCAAGAUCUUAGACAGAUGCAAGAAGCGUGGUUAGCUGAAGCAAACCAGUCGGACGAAGGUGAACAGUAUGUACCUGGAUACAACGGGGGCUCAAAAGGGGGCAGAAGCUCGGAUCCGUAUUCAAAAACAAAAUGUGACAAGAUUAUGAACUGUGACAAACAGUGCCACGGAAACCCACAGAAAUCAACAACCAAGUUUGAUUUCCCAGAAAAACGCUUCAUCGGAAGUCCCUGUCAACCGCCAGCAUCACCUAGUGGUUCUCUUGGUUCUACCACUUCCGGUAAGGACAAUAACCAAUCUCCUAUGACGUGUGAGAAGGAACUGACAAGCUCCCAUGCCCCGUUUGCAAUGACGGCAACUGCAAAUUCCUGUAGCUACCCCAACACAAAUAGUUAUUCCAGAUUCCGAAGGUCACAUUCUGACCCUGACCAGAACUUCCUGUCCACGGACAGUCACUCCGGUUACCCUCGGUUCGUAUCCUCGCCUUAUGCACACCCGUUCUUUAAACAAGACUUUCGGGAUCGGUCAUAUGACAUGACGCAGUUUCCCAGAAAUCAUAGCUACCCACAGACGCCUUCCGCCUCGUCACCGCCUCACGUGACCAUUAAACAGGAGCCCAAAGAUCAGGGGUUUGAAACAAGCGUUGAUAGGUUUCCAGCAUGCAGUGGUUUUACCAGACCUGAUAUUGCAAGGCACGGAAGUCCCCAGGAAGUAGGGUUUCCUUGCCCAUACCAAAAUGCCAUGAGGUUUUUCUGUCAAGAGGAUUCAUCAUAUUUGGAUCGGAUCAGAGAAAAACACAGGGAGAGAUGGGAGGGGGUGGAUAUCAAAGCGGAACUAUACCGAGACUUCUACUUUGACCGCUUCCACAGAGAGGGGCAGCCCCCCACCUACCAGAGAAGGGGGUCCCUCCAGCUGUGGCAGUUCUUAGUGGCGCUCCUGGAUGACCCGUCAAAUUCCGCCUUUAUUGCUUGGACAGGGAGGGGACUAGAGUUUAAGCUUAUUGAACCAGAGGAGGUUGCAAGACGGUGGGGGUUACAGAAAAACAGACCAGCAAUGAAUUACGAUAAACUGAGCCGAUCACUGCGAUAUUACUACGAGAAAGGAAUAAUGCAGAAAGUGGCUGGUGAGAGAUACGUUUACAAAUUCGUGUGUGACCCCGAAGCUCUAUUUUCCAUGGCGUUUCCAGAUAACCAUAGACCCAUUCUGAAAACGGACUGCUACUCUGAGGAGUUUUACCGUUCAAACCAAUCAAUUGAAAACCAAACAAUGACAUUCGAGCAGACGAAUGCGAAUCACAUGACUGGUCACAUGUCAAGUCACAUGACCCCUAGUCCGUUUACGUCAAAUCAUCACGUGUCAAUGCACGGACUGAACAUGAUUUCCUCGCCUCCGUCAUCAGGUUCUAAUAUGCAGAGCAUGGACCAGCAUCGAUUACAAUACAUGCACGGCAUGCAGCGGAUGUACAACACUGGACCUUAUCUCGACAACUGUGUGUACUAACAACGAAUGCAGACAAAAAACAAACAUACGACCGAUGCAUAUCGAUUAUAUUCGGGGGAUAUUAUUUAUAUAUUUAAUAUAUUUUGAAAGGAACAUGAUAUUUUUGGUCAUCUUCUAACUAUUUGCUGAUUUUUAUGUUUCUUAUGCUUGGUAUUUUUAACAAUUAUUUGUUGAUUCUGAUUAAAUGAAAUUGCUUUUUAUUAUUGUUUUCACACUACUUCUUAUUCUUUUUUCAAAUUUUGUAAUUCUUCAAGAACGUAGAAGGAAUGAUUGCCAUGGUCCCAAAUCUUGACACAUGUGAUACUGAUAAAGCUAGCUUAAGUAUUCUUUUAAACUGAUUUAAAUCUUAUCAUAAAAAUGUACUCAAUGAGA